UUACACACGGUUGGAGAUCAUCGCAGAUAUUCAAUCUAAACGAUCAAUCUCCUGGCGAGCUACGACUUAUAUUGGAAAAACAAUGUCAAUAAAGGGAGGCAAUCAAAUUGUCGCUGAGGCCCUUAAGUUACAGUUUCUACAAAAUUCCAGGGUAUCGAAUACGUUUUUGGUAUACUUGGACAUCCUGUCAUAGAAUUGGCUUUGAUGUUUCAACCGACUGGAAUCAAAUACGUAGGAUUUAGAAAUGAGCAAGCUGCUUGUUAUGCAGCUCAAGCUUACGGAUUUUUGACACGAAAACCGGCCGCUGUUCUGUGCGUCUCAGGACCCGGACUUCUCCAUGUUAUUGGAGGAAUGGCAAACGCACAAGUUAAUUGUUGGCCACUUUUGGUACUUGGUGGUUCUUGUCCCGAGGAUCACGAGGGUAUUGGUGGUUUCCAAGAAUAUCCCCAAGUCGAAGCUAGUCGUCCUCACUGUAAAUAUGCCGCGAGACCACCGUCAGCAGCUCUGAUUCCUCUUCACGUUGAAAAAGCUGUGCGGCUCGCAACUUAUGGUAGACCGGGUGCUACGUAUUUGGAUUUACCGGCGACGCUUUUGACACAGAAUGUACCCGAAGAUCAUAUUUUCAAGACCUCGCCUUGUCGACCACCACCUCUCAUAUUUCCAGCCCAAGAAAAUGUCCAAGAAGCAGCAAACGUUUUGUCGCGAGCUCAACGACCUCUCGUCAUUGUUGGCAAAGGAUCAGCUUAUGCGAGAGCCGAAAACGAAAUUCGGGACUUGAUAAAAGCAACGGAUUUGCCAUUCCUGGCGACUCCAAUGGGGAAAGGUGUUGUUUCGGACUUCGACGAGCACAGUGUUUCUUCAGCAAGAACGACUGCUUUAUUACGAGCUGAUGUAAUUCUGUUACUUGGUGCCCGAUUGAACUGGAUGUUGCACUUUGGUCGAACUCCAAGAUUCGACAAGGACGUUAAAUUCAUCCAGGUCGAUAUUUGCGCUGAGGAACUUCACAAUUCUGUCCCAUCAACGGUUGCCAUUCAUGGUGAUUUGGCACCGACAGUCGCAUCUUUGACAAAGUUGCUUAUGCAGAGAAAAUUUGUUGUGAGGAAAAGUGAUCCAUGGUGGAUGACCUUGAGAUCAACAGGAGAAAAGAACAGAACGAUAAUUGAACGAAUGGCCUCUGACAAAUCUGUACCUCUUAAUUAUUACACGGUAUUCAAACACAUUCAAGAUACAAUUCCAAAAAAUUGUAUUAUUUGUUCGGAAGGCGCAAACACCAUGGACAUAGGGAGGACGAUUUUAAUGAAUGAAAAUCCCCGUCACAGACUCGAUGCUGGCACUUUUGGAACGAUGGGUGUGGGUUUAGGAUUUGGCAUUGCUGCUGCGUUGUAUUGCAAAGAUAAAGCACUCGAUAAAAAAGUCAUUUGUGUGGAGGGGGAUAGCGCUUUCGGGUUUUCUGGAAUGGAGAUUGAAACGAUGUUUAGAUACAAAUUGCCAAUAAUUAUUAUAAUCGUAAACAACAAUGGGAUUUACGGAGGUUUGGACAAAGAAUCAUUUCAAGACAUACAAUCCAUCGGAGAUCCCACUGAAACAACUUUACCUCAAUUAUUGUCCACCGAGACUCGUUACGAAAAAAUGAUGGAGAUGUUUGGACGGAGAGGUCAUUUGUGUAAAACCAUAGAGGAAAUACAAAAGGCAUUGGAAAUCGCUUUGCAGGUCAAAGAUUCUCCCAGUAUAAUAAACAUCUUGAUAGAUCCACAGGCUGGACGUAAAGAACAGAAGUUCAACUGGUUGACUGAAUCAAAACUUUAAGUCCACGAAACGUUCAAUUACAAAUUUUGUACACCAAAACUUUAAUAUUUUUAAAAAAUUUAAUGGUGCACAUAUAAAAACUAGGAAUUUAUUCAGUUAAUUUUGAAAAUGAACUUACGUUGUUUUAUUGGGUAUAAGGAAUUCAAUGAAUUUUGGGAUGAUUUGAAAAUCAAAAAAUGUGUUCUGGGCUUUAGUAGUCAUUGAAAUCUUUAAAAUUGUAAAUAUUCAGAUUUUAAAAUAGUCAAGAUUUCUACAAUGUAAGGAAAUUCUAUUGAUUCAUUAAAAAUAUUUCUACCGGUUUCUCAUA